AAUGAGUCAGCAACAACCACAAAGGCCUCAACCCAGUGGGCAAGAGAAGCCAAUCAAAUAUUCCGACGUGUUUACAGUCUCCGGCGACCUUGCUUCCAAACCCGUCACUCCAGAAGAUGCUGCCAUGAUGCAGACCGCCGAGAAUCUAGUCCUCGGCAAGACACAGAAAGGUGGCCCGGCCUCUGUUAUGCAAUCUGCGUCCACGUUUAACGAAAAAACCGGGCAGGUUGGUCACACUGACGUCAACGACGUCACCGCUGAACAAGGCGUCUCUGUUGCUGAGAUUCAGGUCUCCGGUGUUCGCAUCAUCUCCGAAUCAGUUGCCGGACAGGUGGUUGGACAGUACGUGCAGCCACAGCCGGUGCCGCAGAGAUCACCAGUUUCAGUUCUUGAAAACGACUCAGUAACCAUAGGAGAGGCACUGGAAGCAUCUGCACUAACAGCAGGUGAAAAGCCAGUAGAUAAAAGCGACGCAGCGGCGAUACAAGCAGCGGAGGUGAGGGCAACAGGGAGGAAUGAGAUAAUGCCAGGAGGUGUUGCUGCUGCUGCUCAAUCAGCAGCAAAUAUGAAUGAACGGACCAUGAAAGAUGAAAACAAGAUUAAACUGUCAGAUGUUUUAACGGAUAACAUAGCGAAGUGGCCCGCUGAUAAGGCGGCUACACGUCAAGACGCUGAAGGAGUGGCGGCUGCCGAGAUUAGGAACGAUCCUAACAUGAGCACCUACCCUGGUGGUGUCGCUGCUUCUGUUGCCUCCGCUGCAAGGCUCAACCAGAAUCCCUAAGUAGGGUGAUG